UGAGAGAUGGCAGCCAACUGUAAAAGGAGAAAUGCAUAUGAAGAAAACCGUCUUUGCUGAAUUAUUCUCGUAACGCUCUUGGAUAACUUUAAAGACUUAUACAUUGAAACAAUUCAUUUUUGAACAAUUCAUUUUUGAACAAUGUUCGCAAACUGAACAAUAAUCUUGAAUGCGACUUCAGAGUGACUGUUUACAAGUAGGACGAUGGUGACCGUUGUCGAGCUGCUGAGUCUCUUGCUGGUGUCAGUGCUGUGGGGCUGCACCAACCCUUUCCUAAAGAGAGGCACCGAGGGAAUAGAAAAUGUGACAAAAACCAGCAGAGUGGCACAGGUGCUGGCUGAGCUCAAGUUUCUUUUCCUUAACGUCAGGUACCUGCUCCCAUUUCUCCUAAACCAGAGUGGUUCAGUGGUCUACUAUUACACACUCUCAACCACAGAGUUAUCAUUUGCUGUUCCUGUAGCCAACUCUCUCACCCUCCUUUGCACUCUGCUGACUGGCAAGUUUCUAGGGGAAGAGUUUGGAGGCAAACAGGCUGUCAUAGGAAUGUUCCUCACCAUGGCUGGCAUCACUCUAUGCUUUAUAAGCUCCAUUGAUGAUACUGACAGAGAUACUGAGAAUCAGAAUACGAUCGAGCCCGUGCACUGAAGGAAAUCGCAGUUGAAGCAAAUUCUUCUGCACCUUCAAAUAAAUCCUUUGCAGGAAAGAAAAGAAGGCCAAAGCAGAGCUGGAGCAGGACUGAAGAGGACGAUUUAGAUUCAGAAAACAACUCCCCAGAGCGGCGGUACUGAUUGGGAAUAGUGUUCUAAACUAACUCAAGCUUCAAAAGGCCUGCCCAGAAAACUCUCACACCAAGUUGAAGGGGAAGCGGGUUCAUGGAGAGUUCACCCCAGAGCUGGACUCAAUUUAUGGCGCACGCAUAGAAAACAGUGGUUGUAAACUUCUUUUUUUUUUUUAAAUGCUUUACUGCCAUGUGACUGGCAUCUGCAUAGAUGCUGUAGAGACCACAUAUAAAUUAGGCAGGGGUUUGAAAUGGACCAAUUAGAUGUCACUUUCUGGUUUAACAGGGACAUUUUUAUGGUGGCUGCUGUAGCAUGUGUUUGAGUAAGAUCAGGGCACAGGGGAAGACAAAUUAUAUAGCUUAAAGAUAAAAGCUGAUUUCUUUUUUUUUCCCAUCUUUCUUGUACUUUUUACUGAAGAUAUAUUAUGGAGUGAGAUGUACCAUUUUCAUUUUACAAAAUUACUUUUGAAAGAAAAAAACACUUCUGAAAAUACUGUGAAGAAUUUAGAAAUAAGAAAUAUGUAUAGUAAUAUAUAUGUUUAUUGUUACAUUUAAUUGAUACAAGACACUGUACAGAUUACUUUUACUGUUGUGAUCUGUUCCUGAUAUUUAAUCAAUAAAUUCUAGG